AUCAAACCGCAUCGUCCUUCGGGCACAUUUACUCAUAACAUCCUUUUGGUGUCGCAGAAUAAAACCGAUAGCCUAGUCAUAUUCUUGCGCACAUGAUUAUAGUAAUUUCCCAUAUGGCUUGGUUUCUAUUAUAAUCGGUUUCGGUAGUUGUACAGCGGAUUGAGAAUGGAUGCUGUGUCUAUCACCGGAGAGAGCACCGAUGCUAUUGUAAUGGAUUCUCCACUAGCUCAGAGACCCACACAGAAGGUUUCUCAAUGUGAGAUCCCAGAGCUGUCUCUCUGUCCUCCUGACAGUGUGUGUGUGCAGCUCCAGCUGGCUGACAGCCUCCCCAGACCAUCCUCCUCCUCCUCUUCCUCCUCCUCCUCCUCCUCUCAGCUUUACCACCAGGUCCCCCAAGGCCCGCCCUACCACCCCUCACCCCAACCCCCCAGCCGCCACCCACAAGAGCACGGACACUGCUGCACACACCACCAGCCAACCAGAGGCAAUGCCUGCCCCAACACUCACCCAGUCACAGACGGCUCUCACCCAGACUGCUCUACUGGCCUCAGCAUCGGUGGUAAGACGGGUCAUGGCAGAAGCCCCGCUCACGUUCCGUCCUGUCAUAACGCUGUGCGGUGUCAUUGGCUGCAGGGAUCACAUGAGGGAGGAGCCCACAAGCGAAAACAAAGACAUGUGGUGACAGUCAGGGAUGAGGGACUCUACGGGAUUCCUAGAAACUACUCCCAGUUGGUGGUGGAAUAUCCUGUGGUGAUGAUGCUGGGAUUUGCCCUUGUUCUUCUGGGAUGUUCUCUAGCGGGCCUUCUAAUUGGGCCACUACCAGACUUUUCUGACCCGCUUAUGGGGUUCGAGCCUAGGGGAACAUACAUAGGACUGAGACAGUCCUCGUUGGAGAAGCUGCUGGAGAACACCGGGCCUGGUAGAACCCUGUCUGUGGUUCCACAGCUGAGCACAUACAGGAAUCCUGGGAGCAAUGUGGAUGGUGAUGAGGCCAGUGUGAGGCGGGAGAGGUCCAGACUGCGCUCCAAGAGGAUGCUGGAUAAAGACCCAGAUCAGGACACCUUUCUCUGUGAUGCACCUGGAGAACAGUAUGCUCAGCUGGUGUUUCGCUCAGGGAACUCUGCCAGUCUGUGGAGCCUGAAAUCCAUAACCACCAUGUGUGAGAUGGAGCAGAUCAUGAUUCGUUCGCAGGCUCAUUUCCAGGGGCUGUGUCAGCAGCAGCCUUUGAAGCUGGAGACCGAGGCAGGAGGGGAGGGCCGGGGAGGUGAAGGGGGACCCUGCUGUCCCAGCUGGUCCUUGGGGAAUUACUUGGCAGUCCUCAGCAACGCCUCCUCCUGCCUCAGCCUCAACUCUCACCAUGUGUCAGAGUCCCUCAGCUUGCUGCGCUACUGUGCUCCCUUCUACCACCACGGCAGUCUGUCGGGAAGCUGCCACCACAGACCCAAGCAGGGGAGCUGCGUGUCGGUGCCCACGCGAUGCAAGCACUCCCAUGCCGUGUACCAGAUCCUUCACUUCCUGGUCGAUAAGGACUUCCUGGGGCCGGAGACUGUCCAGUACCAGGUUCCCUCACUGAAAUACAGCCUGCUGUUCCUGCCGGUGGAAAAAGGAGAGCACCUUAUGGACAUCUAUAUAAGAAGCCUGGAAGGCCAGGACCUGACUUACAACAACACCACAAUCACAGGGAUGGACCUGGGAAUCAAGCAGACUCUGUUUAAGCACUACCUGGCUCGGGACUCCAUCUACCCUAUCCUGGCGGUGGCCUCCCUCUUCUUUACCAUGGCUCUGUACCUGCGCUCACUUUUCAUAUCAGCGCUGGCUCUGGUAGCCAUCACAGGUUCACUCUUCACCUCCUACUUCUUGUACAAGGUUGCUUUUCGCAUGGCCUUCUUCCCCCUGCUCAACCUCUCUGCUGUUCUCAUCCUGCUGGGAAGCUGCUCCAAUCAGGCCUUCACUUUCGUCGACUUCUGGAGCCUUCAGCUCUCCCACAACCCCCCUGCCUCGCUGGAGAAGAGGGUGAACAGGGUUGUGCUAGAAGUUGGAUACUUGACCAUGGCGUCGGGCCUCACCUCCAGUGCUGCCUUCUUCUGUGGUUACCUGAGCAGCAUCACGGCCGUCAGGUGUUUCUCCAUCUACCUGGGGACAGCCUCUCUGAUCAGUACCCUGGUCAACCUUGUCUGGCUGCCCUGUGCACUCGUCAUCAGAGAGCGCUACUCAGGGACGAACUCUGCCUUGGUCGAUGCCCCUGGCUGGAAUCCCUGCUGCUCCAAAAGUCCUGGAGGAUUCUGGGACACAAGCUCGAGGAAGCGCUGCCUCUUCGGUCUGGCUCAGAAACUAAGGGGCUUGAAGAGAGGAUUGGCAGAGACCUCCAACCUAUUGUUUCUGAAAAUUCUCCCUUGUGGGGUGGUCAAGUUUCGAUACAUAUGGGUGUGCUGGUUCGCUGUGCUGGCGGCAGGGGGCACCUACAUCUCUUGUGUGGAUCCUGGCAUGAAACUCCCCACCCUGGACAGCAGAGCCACUCAGCUGUUCCGCUCCAGCCAUCCGUUUGAGAGGUACGACGCAGAGUAUCGUCACAUGUUCAUGUUUGAAAGACAGAGAAAUGGCGAGGACAAGCCCCUGACACUGACCCUGGUCUGGGGGGUCAUCGCUACUGAUAACGGGGAUCAUUUCGACCCUAAAAGCAACGGGUCAUUAGUUCUGGACCCAGAAUUCAACAUAAGCAGCCCCGAGGCUCAGUUGUGGCUCAGGGAGCUCUGUGAACGGGUCCAAAACCAGAGUUUCUAUUCCCCUACUUCAUCGUCUGAGGAGGAGGAGGGCCGGGUGGACAGCGUCUGCCUGGUGGAGCAGCUUGUGCGCUGGGUGUCCAUCCGACGCUGCUCCGAGAGUGAGGACUCCCGGCAGUUUUGCUGCAAUGACAUUCCCUUUCCCUACCCUGCUGCUGUGUUCGAGCAAUGUGUGGGUAUGAUGGUGGCAGAGCGGCACAGCCACGCUGAGGGCCAUCUGUCCCCUGGAGAAGGAGGACUGUUCUUCCAGCCAGACGGCAGGAUAGCAGCCCUUGUUCUGGCGUUCCGAACCAUACACUUCUACAGCUUCAACUUCAGCCAGACUAGUUUGUAUUACCGGGACAUGGUGGCAUGGUUUGCCGGGGAGAUGUCUGAAGCUCCCCCAGGACUGAGGCAGGGCUGGUUCAUCAGUCAGCUCACGUUGUUUGACCUCCAGCAGAGUCUGAGCUCCGAGACCCUGGUGGUUGCCGGCGUCUCCAUCGCCCUGACCUUCACCCUGCUGCUUCUGACCACCUGGAACAUUCCGCUGAGCAUCUACGGGAUGGCGGCCGUGGGAGGGAGUGUGUUUGUCACCGUGGGUCUGCUAGUCCUGCUGGAGUGGCAGCUGAGCGGUGUGGAAGCUCUGUUCAUCUCUGCUGCGGCAGGCCUUUCUGUGGACUUUGUGGCUAACUAUUGCAUCUCCUACAGCUCCGCUCCACACUCGGACAGGAUUGGCCGAGUAGCUCACUCUGUGAAGAGGAUGGGCUGCCCUGUGGCCGUAGGUUCUGGAGCGUUCUUCUGCGUUGGGAUCGUCAUGCUUCCCGCCACCGCCCUGCUCUUCAGGAAGCUGGGGAUAUUUCUCUUCCUCGUCAAGUGUGUGGCUUGCGGUUUUGCCACUUUCUUCUUUCAGUCUCUCUGCUGCUUUUUUGGUCCUCAAAGGAACUGUGGGAAGAUCUCUCUUCCGUGUUCCUCGGAGAAGGUCUCUGAGGGCAUGCUGUCCUCCCGCUCCACAGCCGACCCAGCAACCUCCACCUCCACCAUCAAUGGGGCGUACGGCAGGUCAAGGGUCAGACGGAACUACAACAAAGAUGGCGGAGGAUAUCUCUACCCUAAUCACCAGCGACAGAGACAAAGACAGGGAGCUGGAGAGCAGGAGUCGGAGCAGUACGAGCUGCAGCCGUUGGCCUGCCAGCUGAGUGACAGCUUUGAGAAUAGCACCUGUACCAGCAAGCUGUCCAACCGUCCCUCCGUCUUGUCCGAUGACAUCCAGUUCUGUGGCCCGGAGGUGGAAAGGAGGGAGGCAGACGCAGACAGCGAGGACAUGUGUAGCAGACACCCCCACAAAGGCUGCCACCCUCCCCCAGCCCUGCAGACCUCCUCUCCCUAUAGGGAGAACACUGUGCGAUCCGCAACUCCCGCAGGAGAGCUGACCAAGGACCAGCUGCUGUGUAAGGCCUGCCGGGGGGGCCAGUCUGCUGGGGGGAACCGCUGGAUCGUGACCAUGUCCUCCUCCUCCAGUAUGGAGGACACCAUCAUCAGCCAGACCCUGGAGACCAUGGAGCAGCCCUCUAUUGCCUCUAAGGAGAAGCACACUGGGGGCAAGCAUCACCCCCAGUCUCGACUGCUGUCUUCCCAGUCCCAGAGUUCCUUUGAGGGGCUGGAGGACUCCAACGAGACCUGCCUCAGUGACAUCGAGCCAGGGCCCUCCCAGCCCCAUGUCUGUGGCCAGGAGGAGGGUGAGGGGAACGGGGAGCCGCAGCCAGGACACCUGAAUGGACGGAGGGAUGCACUCCACCUCUCCCUCAGGGAGACUGUCUACGAGACUGGGGCUCCAGGCUGUGGGCGGAGCCGUUCCAGCCAGGGAGAGGAGCCUGUCAUCCUGCCCAAUAGCAAACCAGACCUGCCUGAUGUGUGGAUCAAGAGAGAUGGAGCGAGGGAAGAGACAAGUUGAGGAUUUAGAAAACAUGUCCUGUUUCUACUUCUGUAGUAACAUAAAAAUGCCAGUUUAGUAUUACUUAUCCAAGGUUAAAUGUUCAGUUGGGCUUUUGUGCAAACUCCAAGUGACAAACACGAAUGGUGUAAAUGUCAGCAGAACAACAAUAUUCAUGCUAUGCUUUUGAAAACAGAUUGGGCUGCAUGGUAUUCAAUAAUCUCUAAAAGAGUCAUUAAUAUGUUCAAAUGGAAAUGUCCUGUAGCUUAAAUCGGGUUGUAUUCAAAAUAAUCAAUCUGACACAUUUCUGACUAUAACUUUUAUCUUGCUGUCACCACAGUAACUUCACUGUUACAGCACCAGAGGAAAUGCCACACAACACGAGUGUUCAAUUUACUUUAAAAGUAAUAUCUAAGCGUUUGUUCCACUGGACACUUCUGCACUGAGUACUAUCACUAAUACCUAAGAAUAUUAAUCAUAACCAGAAACAGAGAUAAUUCACUUCUAUCCUGUGACUUGUGUGAAGACCACGCAAUACCACCAAGUAAAGUCACCGCACAUCAUGUUUCCAGCUGCAUUAUGUAUCUCUGUGCCUAUUCUGCUCUGACAGGGUCCAUAAUCACACCUUCAUAUUCAUAGCCUCUACGACACAACAAACUUGGUUUGAUUUCAAUCUGUCAAAUACACUGGAAACACUUGUAUUGUGAUACCCAGUGCAAUAGAAAUGUGCCAACAAUGAAGUACUUCUGACUAGAAAUUGAUCUAUAAUUGAUCCAGGCCUACUGCACAUCUUGGACCGGACAAGCUCAGUCAACGAUCUCUGGCCUUCAUCCAUCUGGGUUUGAGACAAAACUAUUUGGACAGAUUCACGGACAAUGAGAUCAUGUGAGUGCGACUACUGAAAACAAACCUUUACGAGAUAUCAUAGAGAUACUACAAGAGAAAGUGCUGCUUUGUUUAUGACAAACAUUGCUUGUGCCUAUAUCACACGUUGUCAGUAGCAACACAACAGCACUACCAAUGGGCGCUUCUGAAAUGUACUCGACAUCUAUCACCACCCCAGAAUGGUGGCAGGCUUCUGCCUAUGGUCGCAUACAUACAUGAGCUAGCUUAUUUGCCAUGUUUGUAGUUGUGUCAUUAUCAUUGUACAUGUGUUUCAGAAA